AUGAGCUUCUUCGACUGCACCGAGCAGGAAGCACAGUGGCGUCAAGAGCGCGAGGAUCUAAACAGAAAACUCCACGAAAACGGUAAGCAGUUUCUUGAUCGUAAGGGUAUUGAAAAGACAAGACAGAAAUUUCGACUUGGUCCAACGCUCGAAUCCAAACGAUACAUAUUCUCCUCUGAUAGUGAUGGCGUUGCAAUUAUCUGUUUGCCAAUCCCCAAAAUGAUGGCUAAGCGUUGCUAUGCGAUAGGCAAAGAAUUGACAGAGUUGUUACCACGCGAGCGUGAAACUGGUAACGCUGUGGCUUACGUAACACGUCUCGAACUCAUGCAUGUUACACUAUUCCACACAUCGCAUCCAAACGAUAUCGCACCAAAUGCGAGGCGUCACUUUCCUCAAGAUGUGGCUCAACUUAAGACCAUGUGUACUCGCAUCGCACCGUUUCGAAUGAUACCUGUGAAAGUACUUAUGACGUCAACGGGGGCUAUUGUCAUGUUAUUUGAAUGCCUAUCAUCAAUUGAAAAGCUAAGCAACCAACUUAUCAAUAUGCAUGCCGAAUAUUCGAUCGAUUACAUCCGCCACGCCGCUAAAAAGACGUUUUCGUACAUUCCAAAAACAGACACACGUGUGAUUAUUCAUUCAACGCUAGGUCGAAUAUUGUCACCUGACGUUCAUGAUAAUGACUUAGCCCGCCUGCACGCUCGGUGCGAAGAAAUUUCAAUUCAAUUGGCAGCCGAUCCUCAGCCAGUGCUAUUCGAUAGACUUUGGUUUGUAGAAGAAACACACUUUUUGUCUUUGCUCGGCCCCAAAACUGAAAUCCCGCUGCUUGGCGAUCGGUAUCUUUCAAAUUAA